AUGAGUAAUGCCAUUCAAGUGCCUUUCAUGAAGAAGCCCAUCCUUUGUCGGGAUCUCUCGAACCGAUACGCACAGCUGCGAAGGAGUUACUACGCAUCAUCAGCCUACGGAAAUGUGGAUGAGGAAGAGGAAAUUGAAUUACACUAUUCACCAUCCACUAAUUUAAAUUCUGGAGCAGCCAAGGACAUGGAGAGUGGAAUGGAUCAACAAUGGGCAGAAGGAACUUCUCCUUUGUGGUAUCGUGUUUUGACUCAGGUCAAGAUUGAUAUUGAUUCGAUCAAGAAGUACAUGGAGCAACUUUCACAAAUGCACAAACAACAUUGUACUUUUAGUGUAAAAAAGAGUAAUAACUUUGCAGAGGAAGAAAGACAAAUUGAAAUUCUCACCGAAGAUAUCAAGAGAUUGUUUGUCAGAUGUAAACAAUAUAUUGAACGCAUCGUUUUGGAAGAAAAACCAAAAAAUCAAGAAGAUGUCAUCAAACGAAAUACAAAAUCAGCUCUCGUCAUGGAACUGAAUGAACUCUCAAAACAAUUCCGUGAACAACAACAAGACUAUUUGCAAAAACUCAAGGCACUCAAGCAACGAAGACAAAACGUCAUGCUCUACAAAUCUGACAAUCAAGAACAUGUCGAUGAGGAUUUAACAGAGGAGGAAAAAGAACGUAUCGAAGCUCUAGAACAAAAACAAUAUGAUCCUGGAUUUACGGAUGAGCAAAUUCAAAUGUUAAUUCAAAACGAAAGAGAAAACAUCAGAAGAGACAAGGAAUUGAGAGAAAUUUUAACUUCCAUUGUCGAGCUUAAUGAAUUAUUUAAGGAAUUUUCUGCCCUUGUCGUUGAACAGGGAUCUCUUUUGGAUCGUAUCGAUCACAAUAUUGAACAAACAUUUGAAAACGUCAAACAAGGAAAUAAGGAACUUGCUGGUGCCGAAAAGUAUCAAAAGUGUGGAACCAUGGCCAUCAUUAUUUUAAUUUUGGCAGUGGUUUUACUCAUUGCUGUUGUGGCCAUCAUUCUCAAAGUGAUUGUCAGUUUCACCUUUCUUUAA